CGAUGAUCGGUCAUCCCGCAGAAGCAAUCGUGUUUUGAUGAGCAGACCGGUUACUCUCGUGUUCCCUCAAGAAUACAAAUUUGCAGGAAUUCGAAAACAGCGGCUACUGUAUGCAGAUGUCAAGGCUGAAUCGCACGCCUAAUUGACAGUGAGCACCCCUGAUACCAAGGUAGUGACAACAUAGUCGUAAUGAUAAAUAUUCUAUGCGCUACUUCAACCAACUCAGAUCCCGGACGUCGCUUCCGAAGCUUCGGAACCAAUUCAUGCGGUCAGGACAUCCUACGUAGCAACGGCUCCCAGCAACCCAUCAUGUCUGAUUCUAAGCGAAGCCACGGACAACACACUGCAGCAGUCAGACACCGAGGAGCACGAAUCAUUCUUGGCCUGAGGAGAUCAAUAUUGUUGAGAUUCAACCGCGGGGUCAGAUCGCGGGUAAUAUACUCUAAUGCGGUCAUGUCUGACGUGAAGAGUUGACUUCGCUCAAGCUGCGAUAUCAGUUUCCUACUAUCGAGAUCUCGCAGCUGCGCCCAACAAACGAUCACCAUCCUCGAGAAUAUAUCAACAAAAUCUGCUUCCGAGUAUACCAGUUCACAGACUUUUGGAAUUACGAUAACAGGCAGAAGCAUGAGAAGUCUGGCGCGG